CGCGGGCGCCCGGCGGCGGUCCCCUCCCCGGCGCAGGGCGCCCGGCGGCGCGCACGCCGCCGCGCCCCCCGACGGGCCGUGCCGGCGUCCUGCGGGCGGGCGAUGGCCUCCGAGGCGGCCAGCGCCCUGCCGAGCGCCAAGGCCUCGAGCGGAGCCGUGCUGCCGCUGGUGUCCAAGAUCGACGGGGCCUCGCAGGCGCCGCAGGCGCCGCAGGACGUGGCCGGCGCAGGGUUGCCCGCCGUGGCGUGGCCGCCAGCCUCGGAGGCGGCGCCGGCUCAGCAGCGGCAGGGGGGCGCGCGGGCAUCGGCGCAGAAGCAGCCGCCGCCCUCCUGGGGCCAUCCGCAGGUUCAGCCUGAGCGCUGCGACCCCUUCCUGCUCCUGGAGCUGGGCGUCGCGGCAGGCGCUGGCGGGGUGCUCGCCUGGCGCGGCGGCGGCGACGCAGGCGCAUUCAGGUGCGACCUCGCGGCCCUCGCCCUAGCGGUGGGCUCCGCGGUGGCGCUUUGCUCCGUGACCGUCACGAUCGGGCUGCGUGCGCCCUUCGACUGGGACUGGUGGGGGCACGCGGCGCGGCUGUUGAUGCAGAUGGUGGCCGUGGGCGUCGCGGCCCUGGCGCUGCUCGCGCAUGCCGCCGCGGUGCUGCUGCAGCUGCUGUGCACGGCCGCGGCCGCCUGCGGGACCCUGUCCGCGCUGUCGCUGGCCGCGCGGGCCUGGCGGCGGAGCUGCGCGCCCCCAGAGGAG